GAUUAACACACACUUUGCUUGUUGAAAGUUAAAACCACAACAUGAUCCAACAAAGAAGCUUCUAACUUUAUUAUAUCUUUGAACAUUGUUAAAGACGACCUUUUUUUAACUUGUUAGCCGAUCGCAUCUCUUGAGAUCUCGUUAUUUGCUCCAAAAAUGGCAGUUUCUUAUUCUAUAAUACCCAACUCGCUAUCCUAUUUCUGUUACAAGCAGAUUGAGGUUGACCAUGGCUCUACUUGUUUCUAGCUGGUCUAAUGGAGUUCAAUCCGUCCCUCAAGAUUACAUCAUGCCACCCGAAAAAAGACCAGGCGAUUUCGUUACAGUUUGCAAGGAUAUUCCGGUGAUCAAUCUUCAAAACGAUCGAUCUGAGAUCGUUCAACAAAUUUUGAAAGCUUGUCAAGAAUUCGGCUUAUUUCAGGUGAUCAAUCAUGGAGUUUCUGAGGAAAUGAUGGCGGACAUUAGGGUUCUGUACGACGAGUUCUUUAACAUGCCGAUUGAGGACAAGUUAAGCGUUUACUCAGAGAAUUUCGGUAAAGGGUGUACGCUUUAUACAAGCGGUUUGAAUUACGCAAAAGAAGAUGUUCAUUUCUGGAAAGACACUUUGAAACACGGGUGUCAUCCUUUGGAAGAACACAGUCCAUCAUGGCCGGAUAAACCAGCCAGAUACAGGGAGGAAGUGGGGAGAUACGUUGUUGAAGUGCGUAAAAUGGGGUUCAAGAUCUUGGACAUGAUCGGUGAAGGAUUGGGACUUACUGAAGGGUACUUCGCCGGAGUUAGCCAAGAACAGUCAAUGGCGAUUAAUCAUUACCCGCCAUGCCCGGACCCGAGUUUAGCAAUGGGCAUAGGUGGUCAUACGGACCCUAACCUCAUAACCUUCCUACAACAAGACCAAUACGGGCUACAAAUACAAAAAGAUGGGAAAUGGAUGGGAAUUGACCCAAUUCCAAAUGCUUUUGUGGUCAACCUUGGGUACCUACUAAAGAUUAUAAGUAAUGAGAAGCUCAAAAGUGUGGAACAUCGUGGGGUUACGAAUUCAAUUGCUUCGCGAACAUCUAUCGUCACAUUUUUUGGUCCAAAUCCUGGUCUUCCAAUUAUUAUUGAACCUGCAAAAAAGAUAGUGACAUCGAGUAGCCCACAAAUAUUCAAGUCAAUUCAAUAUAAUGACUUCAUAGCAAAUUACUUGGCCUUGUUACGCAAACCGGGCCCUCGCAAUGGAACACCGUUGGAUCCUUACCGGCUCUAAACCAUAAUUUUUGCUCAAAAGCCAUGUAUAAUAACUAUAACAUGUUAAGGUAAUGCCUUCGUAAAUAAAUCAGAGUUGAAAACCUCAUCUCUCACUGGUAAUAUGUUUUUUAUGUAUUAUUAUCAAACUUACGUGAAAUAUGUGUAUAUUUACCGUCUUC